AUGCGUUCAUUGUGGAUGUUAUGCUCUCUGGCCCUCGCAGCCAACGCCCAGAAAACAACACCAUGCCCUAUUCUCGGAUCAGCAUAUCCUGCUCCUAAGGGGCUUUCGAAAGAUCCGGUCUUUCUCAGGGCAUCGGAGAAGUUGACUUCACAGCUCAAUGAAGCCAUCGAGAAUGGAACCUUACCUUCCGUCUCAAUUGCAGUGCAGAUCUUCAGCGAAGACGAGAAUACUGCAUUUGAAUUCUACCAUACAGAUCACGUCUCUGUAAAUGGAUCACCGGGAGUCCAAGAGGUAGAUGAGAAUACAAUGUUUCGCAUCGGCAGUAUAUCGAAGUUAUGGACUAUGUUCCUCUACAUGACGUUGGAAGGAACGCGCUACUUCCAUGAGCCCGUUGCAAAAUAUGUUCCUGAGCUGCGCGUCAGGAAUGACAAAACGCAAACAGCCAAUGUGAUUGAUGCCGUGCGAUGGACCGAUGUGACCAUUGGCGAGCUGGCGAGUCACCAAGCUGGCAUUGCAAGAGAUUAUGCAUUUGGAGAUCUUGGUUUCCAGUCAAGCGAUGUUCUCCACAGUAUGGGCUUUCCUGCACUGCCAGAAAGCGAGGCGUUGACCUGUGGGAAUACCGCUCAGUGCAAUAGGACAGAUUUUUUCACAGGCCUUCUCAAUAUGCAUCCCCUAACUCCGACCUCAUAUACGCCAUUGUAUUCUAAUGCCGGGUUCCAAAUCCUUGGAUACGCAUUGGAAUCAAUUGCCAACGCCGAAUAUGAAGAUAUACUAUUCGAGCAGCUAAUCAACCCACUCAAUCUGACUCGAUCCUGUCUAAAAGCCCCAGACGCUGAACUAGCGGUGAUACCUUACAACAAGACAUACAGCAUGUUUGAUUUCAAGAUUGGCGAUGCAGCACCCGCCGGAGGCAUGUUCUCUUCCGCAAAAGACAUGUCAACAUUUGGCCGCGCCAUUUUUUCCAAUGCGCUGAUUGACCCGGCCAUAACAAGACGGUGGCUCAGGCCAAUGGCACAUACCUCAUCCCUACAGCAUUCCGUGGGAGCCCCGUGGGAAAUCUACAGUUAUCUAACGCCUCGCCGGACUGAUCUGUACACCAAAUCCGGGGAUCUCGGAUUGUAUUCCAGUUCCUUUGGAAUUUCACCAGACCACAAGAUCGGAUACACCGUCCUUGUUGCCGGAGUCAACUCUCACCAAAUGACAUCCACAAUUUCGGACAUGGUCACGGAUACUAUGGUCCCUAUUCUUGAUGAAGUCGCCAGAAACCAAGCACUCAAACGCUUUGGCGGGACCUAUGAAUUGACGGGCGGGGCCUCUAAUGCCUCCAUCACGAUCACGGCUGAUGAUGGCCCCGGAUUGAUACUCUCUUCGUGGAUUAACAACUCUGUUGACAUGAUCGAGAGUUUAAUGGCUUUGCAAGGGGUAACAGAUCGCUCAGCGCUGACUAUUCGUCUACAACCCAGUGGUUUGGAGGCUUCCGGACGGAUCUCCUUCUUGGCUGUCAUUUAUGCCCUGCCUGUUCUGACAGAUGCUGGGCCCAUGCUUUCGAGUUGCCUUUCGUGGAUUCUGCUCGAGUCGUUGGUGUAUGGCGGCGUCGGACUCCCAGAGUUUGAGUUCGAAGUAAAUGAUAAUGGGGAUGCGACUAGCUUGUCCCCUCGGGCGUUGCGCGUUAAUCUGCCCAGGGUUUAA